AACCCUUUGUUGCAUUGUAUUUCCAGGCAUGCAAAGCUGACUCAAAUAUAGAUUGAUUAGAAGAAGUAGGCUAGUCGGAGUACUCUCCCUUAGCAUCCGCAGCUAACCAUUCAAAUGUAGAAUCUAGUUACGCCACGAGAAGUGAGAAACUUCCCUCCAAGUUGAUGCCCUUUUAACGUAACAUGCACUCAAGCUGAGUAUGGUUUCGUUUGCAGUAGUACUUGCCUUCACUCCACAAAAGACAACCGAAUAUUCAACAUAUAAAGACCAUAGACUGUAGAAAACAUGUAAAGAAUUUGCAGUCGUUUCAUGCCCGUCUGCUUUGCGCUCGUGAGUUCCACAUCCGGAAGAAUAAGAUUUAACUUCCGGCGUGUCGAGGUUCAGUUCGCCACAAAGCAAAGAUGGCGUCGCUGAGUGACAAGUCAGUUUGGGACGAAGUGGAAGAUGGCAUCGGAGAAGAAGUGCUUAAAAUGUCCACAGAUGAGAUCGUUCAACGAACCCGUCUGCUUGACAGUGAGAUAAAGAUCAUGAAGAGCGAAGUCCUCCGAGUGACGCACGAAUUACAGGCCAUGAAGGACAAGAUAAAAGAAAACACCGAGAAGAUUAAAGUCAACAAAACUCUGCCGUACCUGGUAUCCAAUGUGAUUGAGCUAUUGGACGUGGAUCCAAAUGACCAGGAGGAAGAUGGAGCCAACAUUGAUCUUGAUUCUCAAAGAAAAGGUAAAUGCGCAGUCAUCAAGACCUCCACCAGGCAGACUUACUUCCUGCCAGUGAUCGGCCUGGUAGAUGCAGAGAAACUGAAGCCUGGGGAUCUCGUUGGUGUCAACAAAGAUUCCUAUCUGGUCCUGGAGACUCUUCCAACAGAGUACGACUCCCGGGUCAAGGCCAUGGAAGUCGACGAAAGGCCAACCGAGCAAUACAGUGACAUCGGUGGAUUGGACAAGCAAAUCCAGGAACUCGUAGAGGCAAUUGUGUUGCCUAUGAACCACAAAGAGAAGUUUGAAAACUUGGGUAUCCAGCCUCCUAAGGGAGUGUUGAUGUAUGGAGCACCAGGGACAGGGAAAACUUUGCUGGCCAGGGCUUGUGCUGCUCAGACCAAGGCCACUUUCCUGAAGCUUGCAGGUCCCCAAUUGGUCCAAAUGUUUAUCGGGGAUGGAGCCAAGCUGGUGAGGGAUGCCUUCGCCUUGGCCAAAGAAAAAGCCCCGUCUAUCAUCUUCAUCGACGAGUUGGAUGCCAUUGGCACCAAGCGGUUUGAUAGCGAGAAGGCCGGGGACAGGGAAGUGCAGAGAACCAUGCUGGAGCUUCUCAACCAACUCGACGGAUUUCAGCCCAACAUGCAAGUCAAGGUGAUUGCUGCCACCAACCGGGUGGACAUCUUGGACCCAGCCUUGCUCCGCUCGGGUCGCCUCGACAGGAAGAUCGAGUUCCCCAUGCCGAACGAGGAGGCCAGGGCCCGCAUCAUGCAGAUUCACUCCCGUAAGAUGAACGUCAGCGCCGACGUCAACUACGAGGAGCUGGCCCGCUGCACCGACGACUUCAACGGAGCCCAGGCCAAAGCUGUGUGCGUGGAGGCGGGCAUGAUAGCGCUGCGUCGCGGGGCUACGGAGCUCAACCAUGAGGAUUACAUGGAGGGAAUCCUUGAGGUCCAGGCCAAGAAGAAGGCCAACCUGCAAUACUAUGCCUAAGGUCACUUUGAUUGUCUUUUUGUGUUUUCAGUUAAAUUGUUUAAUGGAAAGUUGUGUAUAACGUUGAUAUAAAUAAAGCUGGGUUAAAAUGGCAUCAUGGAUUCUUGUGUUUUUA